ACAAUACCUAAACCAGCAUGUUAUGGUCAUCGUGGAUCUUGACACAAGCCCUGUUAGCCACUGCUUCCUACGCCGUGCCUUUUGAAGAAUAUAUCCUCGCCCCGCACUCAAGGACCUUGGCUCCUUCCUCGGUUUACCAGGUCAAUGGUACGGUUGACAAUGCUGAUGCUCUGACCACCUUUUCGACGGAGCAAACUACUCUCCAUGGUAGGUCGUCCGUGACUUACGACUUUGGCCGCAACAUCGCCGGUAUCGUCUCUCUGGAUGUCACUGCGGUACCUUCGCAGGCAGCCCUGGUUGGGGUUACCUUUACGGAGUCAAGUCUAUGGAUCAGCAGCGAGGCGUGCGAUGCUACCAGCGAUGCCGGUCUUGACUCGCCUCUAUGGUUCUCUGUAGGCGACGGGCCGGGGACAUAUACUGCAGAAAAGAAACAUCUUCGUGGUGCAUUUCGAUAUAUCACCCUGGUCAACAACUCUACCGACACCGUAUCCCUCAACAGCCUGAGCAUCAACUACACCGCUGCUCCUGCUCAGGACCUUCGAGGCUACAAAGGCUACUUCCACAGCAACGAUGAGCUUAUCAAUCGGAUCUGGUACGCGGGUGCAUAUACCUUGCAGAUCUGCACCAUUGAUCCCACCACCGGAGACUCCCUAGUCUGGCUGAGCGAAAUCACCUCAGCGGACAACAUCACUCUCCCUCAGACUGACUCAUGGUGGAACAAUUACACAAUCACAAAUGGCAGUAGCACACUUGUGGAUGGAGCCAAGCGCGACCGGCUAGUCUGGCCGGGAGAUAUGUCCAUCGCUAUUGAGAGCGCGGCUGUUAGCACCGCAGAUCUUGAAAGUGUGCGCACGGCCUUGGAGUCUCUAUUCGUGCUCCAAAAGGCCGACGGUCGACUCCCCUAUGCGGGAAGGCCAUUUUCCGAUCUAGUGAGCUUUACAUACCAUCUUCACAGUCUGGUCGGUGCAGCGUCCUAUUAUCAGUACACCGGAGACAGGAGUUGGAUCACGCGUUACUGGGGACAAUACAAAAAGGGCCUGCAAUGGGCAUUGUCCAGUCUGGAUAAUACCGGUCUCGCUAAUAUCACAGCCAAGUCAGACUGGCUACGAUUUGGCAUGGGAGGACAUAAUAUCGAGGCUAAUGCAAUCCUUUAUUACGUCCUUAAUGACGCCAUCUCUCUGGCCAGCUCCCUCAAUGAUCGUUCCAGCGUGGGUAACUGGAGCUCAAUCGCUUCAGGAAUCAAAGUCGCUGCCAACGCCCGUCUGUGGGAUUCACAAAACAGCCUUUACAAGGACAAUGAGACUACCACCCUUCACCCUCAGGAUGGCAAUGCUUGGGCCAUCAAAGCAAAUCUCACUCUGUCUUCCAAGCAAUCUGACGAAAUCUCUUCUGCUCUGGCUGCACGCUGGGGACCGUAUGGAGCGCCCGCACCCGAGGCUGGAGCAACUGUGUCUCCUUUCAUCGGUGGGUUCGAGCUGCAGGCACAUUAUCUGGCCAACCAGCCAGAUCGCGCAUUGGAUCUUUUGCGCCUUCAAUGGGGAUUCAUGCUUGAUGACCCUCGAAUGACAAAUUCCACCUUCAUCGAGGGAUACUCCACGGAUGGAUCAUUGGCUUAUGCGCCGUAUCGAAACACGCCUCGGGUGUCCCAUGCUCACGGAUGGUCGACGGGUCCCACCUCUGCCCUCACAUAUUACACAGCUGGGUUGCGUCUAACUGGGCCCGCUGGCUCGACCUGGCUGUUCAAGCCUCAACCCGGUAGCCUCACUCAGGUCGAAGCAGGAUUUGAGACACGCUUGGGACUAUUCGCCACUCGGUUCCAGAAGUCCGCUGGUGGAGGCUUCGAGCAGUUGACAUUUACUGCGCCCAAUGGCACUUCGGGGUCUGUGGAAAUUGACGGUUCAACUGGAAGAUUGGUAUCCAGCCGCGGGCAAGCCGUGCGAUUGGUCAAUGGCAAAGCAAGAGGUCUGCAAGGGGGAACUUGGACCCUCGAGGGAUUCUAGAUCAGUCUUGUCCGGUCGAAGAUAUGAAACACG